UCACCUCCAGACGGAGCGAUCUGAGUUUAGGAUGCGUUUCCGCCAAGAUUUUUAAGCCAUUUCCACCCUCUUCCAAGGACUCCUCAAAAUCCAGAAGUUGGAAAUCAUAAAUCGAAUCGAUAUGCGACAUUGUGAGAAUUGUGUGAUCAGGAUCGGGAUAGUGUAAGAAGCUGACACUCUCAGGACCCGUAUCCAAUACCUUUAGAUUUGGCAGGUCCGCGAGCUUCGUCAUGAUGAUGGGCGACAGGAGGAGCAUAGAAUUCCGGGAAGCCAUAACCCCAUACAUCUCAAGCGACUCCCAGGUGGCAUCAAGGAACUUGAGCACUGCAUGUUUCAUUUCAUUUGCAACUCUGGCGGACCCUCAACAUGCACCAAGUCACUGUCACAGACCGUCAGACGUAUCAACGAUUCGCACUGACACAGAAGUCGAAACGUGGCAGGAUAAACAUACUGCCCAGUCAGCACCAGCACUUCGAGUCUCGGCGUUACAUAACUCGGCAACAAAUAACUCCAAGACAGCAGGUUGGCCUCUUGUCUGCUCCACUCACAAUCUCCGACAAGCAUCUUCAGAUUUGGGAAGAUGGGAGUUUGUACAUGUUCGCAAUGUCUCAACCCUCCCAAAUCACAGUCUACCCUCUGCACCAAAUUGCGAAUCUUCACGUACAACUCAAUGCUCAGAAAUUGGAGCUGAACUUUCGAGGGAGUCUGCCAAAGUACCGGAAAUGCAUGGCGAUAGAAAACGCGACACGUGCGACCAGCUUGAAGAAGAUGCCGACUGUUCUGCCAUUGAUCAGCAGGGUCGACGCCGAGAUCGUCGACGAAAUGGCCAAAGACUAAUCGUGCGAGUUCAGGGACUUCGAAGACCCUCGCAUAGGCAAGAUCCUGUGAAUUGUUGUGGGCCAUCGAGCGCCGCCCCCAACGAAUUAGGAUUUAGAAUAUUCGCAGACAAGGUUGUCACGGCGUAAAUCCGCAGCUGCUGGUAGCACGAUCAAUCAGCGUGA